AUGACUCGAGGCGAGGCUUCUCAGGUCAAGGUCCACUACAAGGGCAAGGACGAGGACUUUAUUGUUCUCGUGGACGACGAGGCGACGUACAAGAAGUGGCUGGCGGACAAGAGCGUUCCCUUGGCGCACUUUGUCUCGGCCUUUAAGAUCUUUGUGACGCACAAGCAGGGCACUCAGGGCAUGAUGGACACGGCGUCAAAGGCCACGCUGGACAACCAGUUUGGCACCUCGGUCGAUGAGGAGGUGAUCAAGCAGAUCCUAGAGAAGGGCCACAUGCAGAAUUCAGAGAUGUCCGACCGGCAAGGGCCCAAGAACGACUCAAUGAGCUCCAUGAAUGCUCAUUAA